AAAAAUCAGCUGUUGUGACAUAAUAAUAAUAAAUGCUUGGUGCUGUCGGCUGAGAUGAUAUAUAAUUUGUUUUACAUUUUUAAAUAAAUUUUUUGAAUAAAAUAAUGUCUUUUAAAAGCGCGCUCUCGGCUUUAGUGCAAAAUACACAAAAAUUAGUGAUAGCACGAAACCAAUUUCGUCACCUGCACUCGACACCAUGUUUACUAAAAGUUGAAGAUCGAAAAGAAAUGUUAGCAUCCAUGCCUGCAAAGGACGAAGGUACGGCUGGUGAGAGAUCAGUGGACAUUGAUACAUUAAUAGGAAAAAAAAAAGAAAAAUUCUUUCCUAAUGCCAACACACCACAGCAAUUAUUCAAUGGAAUUCCAUUUAGCGAAUUACCAAUUUGUAACAUACGUGUCUCACCUAAUAAUACAAUAAUAUCUGUUACCGAUUAUAAAGGUACAACACGGUUUAUACGCUCUUGUGGCAUUGAAGGAUUUAAAAAUACGAGAAAGGGCACAAACAUUGCAGCCCAGGCUACUGCAAUAACAAUCGGAUCUAAAUCAAUGGAAAUUGGUUGGAAAUCAGUACGUGUUCAAGUGCGUGGCUUAGGACCUGGAAGAAUGUCAGCCAUAAAAGGUUUACAAAUGAGUGGACUCAAUAUUAUUUCCAUCACCGACAAUACACGCGUAACUUGGAAUCCUCCACGUGCACGUAAACAAAGAAGUCUCUAAUUGUUUUAAUAUUUAAUAAUUAAUUUAAUAAUUA